AAUACCCGUUCACACCGGGGUUUAUCCCACAUUAAAAACGCGUGGUCGGAAAAGAGUAGCAAAAAGUAUGUAGCUUCAUUGUUUACACGAAGCCAAGGGCAAACCCAAUCCAAUAAACAACACUGUUCAGAGACCCGUGAGUCUUCGUCAGUUCCAAUUCGUUACCGCGAAAAUGAACGAACCCACGAGAAAAUACCGCAAGAAGAACGAAGAAGGAUCAAGAUCAACCCAGAAGAAUAACAAGAAGAAAGAACUAAAGAGCAUCCUCACUUCGCUCUUGUUCGUGGAUGCAGGAGAGAAAAAUGAAGAACAACACAAGAAAAAGGAGGACUUGAUGGACGGUUACUACAGCGAGGUGGAAGAAUCCAAUUACCCGAAAAAGAGAAAGAAACUCGCCGGCGGUGACUCGGGGAGUCUCCGGCGAGUCUGGGUGAAGGAACGUUCCGGAGCGUGGUGGGAGGAGUGUAACAAACCCGAAUUUCCGGAACAAGAAUUCAAAAAAGCCUUCAGAAUGCGAAGGCUCACUUUUGAAGCAAUUUGCGAGGAGCUGAAUUCGGUGAUUGCGAAGGAAGACACGACUUUGAGAAGCGCCAUUCCGGUGAAGCAAAGGGUGGCGGUUUGCUUGUGGCGGUUGGCCACCGGCGACCCUCUGAGCGUGGUUUCCAGAAGAUUCGGUUUGGGGAUAUCCACUUGCCACAAACUGGUUCUAGAGGUCUGCACUGCCAUAAAGACAGUGCUUAUGCCAAAGUACUUGCAAUGGCCUAAUGUCGUUGCCUUACGGGACAUCAAGGGUGAGUUUGAGAACAUUUCUGGGAUUCCCAACGUUGUAGGGUCCAUGCUCACUUCGCAUGUUCCCAUCAUAGCUCCUAAGAUGAACGUUUCUGCUUACUUCAACAAGAGGCAGACUGAGAGGAACCACAAGACUUCGUAUUCCGUUACUGUUCAAGGUGUUGUUGACCAUAGAGGGGUUUUCACUGAUGUGUGCAUUGGGUGGCCUGGUUCAAUGGGUGAUGAUCAGGUUUUGGAAAAGUCAGCGCUUUUUCAUAGGGCUAAUAAUGCGGGGCUUAAUCUAAGUGGGGUUUGGGUUGUUGGGGGUUGUGGGUAUCCUUUGUUGGAUUGGGUUUUGGUGCCUUAUACUCAGCAGAACCUCACUUGGACGCAGCAUGCUUUCAAUGAGAAGAUUGGAGAGGUUCGGAGGGUUGCUAAGGGUGCGUUUGGGAGGUUGAAAGGAAGGUGGGGGUGCUUGCAGAAGAGGACUGAGGUGAAGCUCCAAGAUUUGCCUUUUGUGCUUGGGGCUUGUUGUGUGUUGCAUAAUAUAUGUGAGUUGAAGAAUGAGGAAAUGGAUCCUGAGUUGUUGGAGAAUAUUGAUGAUGAUGGUGAUUAUGCUGAGGUGAUGGAGCCAGAGGUUGCCUUCAGAUCUGUUAGCUCCUUGAAGGCUAGGGAUGCAAUUGCGCAUAACCUCUUGCACCAUGGACUAGCUGGCACUUCUUUUGUUUGAUUGGAAUAUGGAAUUGAAAAUUGAAGGUUGGGAUUAUGUAUAAUUAAUUCUUUUGCUUGUUUUUAUUUCUAGACAUAUGGUGAUAGUAUUCAGUCAAGGCAUUCAUCAUUGUUUGUUGAAGGGGCUUUGUAACUAAAAGGUAUAUUCGCCCCUCCGACGAUUAUGUGGUUAAUUGUAAUAGUCGUCGGUGUCAGGUUUUAUGUAAACAUUCUGGGAAUUGUAAUAUUCUAGUUCCUUUAACUAUUCACGUGAUGAUAUUUAGACAUUUAUAAAUUACAAACAUCCUAUUAAUACUUUUAA